GCUGUCGGGCGGUCUGCUCCCCCCGCCCCGGUCCCCUCCCUCGAGCUCCAAGGUUCUACCUGAGAGAUGGGCCCGGCUCGUGCGGGCAGAGGGAUCGGGCUUGUUCUCUGCCUGGGCGACCGGGCUGCGGCCGGGCUUCCCCUGGGCGGACGGGAAGUUCCUGUGGGCUCAGAAUCCUGCGCAUCCGAGGGGGACGUGUGGGCAUUGGCUUUGGCGUUGAGGCAGCAGGGGUGCUCAGAGAGCAGCUGGUGCUGGAGACAAUCCGAUGACAGAUGACCAUUGAUUGGAUUGAGCACUCACUGUGUUUCAGACACUGUGCCAGGCGCCUUACAUGUAUUAUCCCGUCCUCCCAGAAACCCAGGAGGUAAGAGUUAGCAUAUCAUGCCCAUUUUCCAGAUGGGGAAACCAAAGCGAAGAAGUUAACCAACUUGUGCAAAGUCACAUAGAUGGUAAGCAGUGGGGGAUUCGAACUCAGAUAUGCUUGGCUUCAGAACUGGCUCUCUUGCCUUUGUGACUCCUAUGGGCCGAUAGCCUGGAGCCUCCAGGAUUUUUUUUUUUUUUUAAACUUCUUGACCUUGGACAAACGUGGGGAGGGAGCAGCGAAGCGUGGACUUCAAUUUGCGCCAAGACUCUUCCCCUCCUGUCCUCCCGCCAUCACUGGGGCCAGCCCGGUCUUCAUUUUCCCAGGCAGCAACGGGCUCCCCUUGUUGUAGCCACAUUCUGCACCUGAAACUAAUAGCUGAGUUUUUUAGUACAAGCUUUCAUGCCAGCGCAUGAUCUGGGAGGUACACUUUGUGACAUGGAUGAAUCUGCACUGACCCUUGGCACGAUAGAUGUUUCUUAUUUGCCAAGUUCCUCUGAAUACAGUAUUGGUCGAUGCAAGCAUGUAAAUGAGGAAUGGGGUGAGUGUGGUUUCAGACCGACUGUCUUCAGAUCUGCAACCUUAAAGUGGAAAGAAAGCCUGAUGAGCCGGAAAAGGCCAUUUGUGGGAAGAUGUUGUUACUCCUGUACUCCCCAGAGCUGGGAUAAAUUUUUCAACUCCAGUAUCCCGUCUUUGGGUUUGCGGAAUGUUAUUUAUAUCAAUGAAACUCACACAAGGCACCGAGGAUGGCUUGCAAGACGUCUUUCUUACGUGCUUUUCAUUCAAGAGCGAGAUGUCCAUAGAGGCAUGUUUGCCACCAAUGUGACUGAAAAUGUACUGAACAGCAGUAGAGUACAAGAGGCUAUUGGAGAAGUGGCUGCUGAAUUAAACCCUGAUGGGUCCGCUCAGCAGCAAUCAAAAGCCGUCAACAAAGUGAGAAAGAGAGCCAGAAAGAUCCUGCAGGAAAUGGUUGCCACCAUCUCACCCUCAAUGAUCAGACUGACUGGAUGGGUGCUGCUAAAACUAUUCAACAGCUUCUUUUGGAAUAUUCAAAUUCACAAGGGUCAGCUUGAGAUGGUUAAAGCUGCAACUGAGAUGAAUCUGCCGCUUCUAUUUCUACCAGUUCAUAGAUCACAUAUUGACUAUCUCCUGCUCACUUUCAUUCUCUUCUGCCACAACAUCAAAGCACCAUACAUUGCUUCAGGCAAUAAUCUCAACCUCCCCAUCUUCAGUACCUUGAUCCAUAAGCUUGGGGGAUUUUUCAUACGGCGGAGGCUAGAUGAGACACCAGAUGGACGGAAAGAUAUUCUCUAUAGAGCUUUGCUCCAUGGGCAUAUAGUCGAACUACUUCGGCAGCAGCAGUUCUUGGAGAUUUUUCUGGAAGGCACACGCUCCAGGAGUGGAAAAACCUCUUGUGCUCGGGCAGGACUUUUGUCAGUUGUGGUAGAUACUCUGUCUGCCAAUACCAUCCCCGACAUCUUAAUAAUACCUGUUGGGAUCUCGUACGAUCGUAUUAUUGAAGGUCACUACAACGGAGAACAGCUGGGAAAACCUAAGAAGAACGAGAGCCUCUGGAGCGUAGCAAGAGGCGUCAUUAGAAUGUUGCGGAAAAACUACGGGUGCGUCAGAGUAGAUUUUGCACAACCAUUUUCCUUAAAGGAAUACUUAGAAAGCCAAAGUCAGAAACCUGUGUCCGCUCCACUUUCCCUAGAGCAGGCAUUGUUACCAGCGAUACUUCCUUCAAGACCCAUUAAUGCUGCUGAUGAAGGUACAGACAUGUCCAUUAACGAGUCCAGAAAUGCAACAGAUGAAUCGUUCCGAAGAACAUUGAUUGCAAAUCUGGCUGAGCACAUCCUCUUCACUGCUAGCAAGUCCUGUGCCAUUAUGUCAACACACAUCGUGGCCUGCCUGCUUCUCUACAGACACAGGCAGGGAAUUGAUCUAUCCACGUUGGUGGAGGACUUCUUUGUAAUGAAGGAGGAAGUCCUGGCUCGUGACUUUGACCUGGGUUUCUCAGGAAAUUCAGAAGAUGUAGUCAUGCAUGCCAUACAGCUGCUGGGGAACUGCAUCACCAUCACCCACACCAGCAAGAGCGAUGAGUUUUUUAUUACUCCCAGCACAACUGUCCCAUCAGUCUUUGAGCUCAACUUCUACAGCAAUGGGGUGCUCCAUGUCUUUAUCCUGGAGGCCAUCAUAGCCUGCAGCCUUUACGCGGUAGUGAAGAAGAGGCCCCCAGGGGGGCCUGCAUCCGCCAGUGCGGUCAGCCAGGAGCAGCUGGUGCGGAAGGCCGCCAGCCUGUGCUAUCUGCUCUCCAACGAAGGCACCAUCUCUCUCCCCUGCCAGACAUUUUACCAAAUUUGCCAUGAAACAGUAGGCAGGUUUAUCCAGUAUGGCCUUCUUAUAGUGGCGGAGCAAGAUGAUCAGGAAGAUACUAGUCCUGGUCUUGCUGAGCAGCAGUGGGACAAGAAGCUUCCUGAACCUUUGUCUUGGAGAAGUGAUGAAGAAGAUGAAGACAGCGAUUUUGGUGAGGAGCAGCGAGAUUGCUACCUGAAGGUGAGCCAGUCCAAGGAGCACCAGCAGUUCAUCACCUUCUUACAGAGUCUCCUGGGGCCUUUGCUGGAGGCCUACAGCUCCGCUGCCAUCUUCAUCCACAACUUCAGUGGCCCUGUGCCGGAGCCUGAGUAUCUGCAGAAGCUGCACAGAUACCUACUAAGCAGAACAGAAAGGAAUGUCGCAGUAUAUGCUGAGAGUGCCACGUAUUGUCUUGUGAAGAAUGCUGUGAAAAUGUUUAAGGAUAUUGGGGUUUUCAAAGAGACCAAACAAAAGAGAGUGUCUGUUUUAGAACUCAGCAGCACUUUUCUACCUCAAUGCAACCGGCAAAAACUUCUAGAAUACAUUCUGAGUUUCGUGGUGCUGUAGGUAAUGCCUGGCACCUCUGGCAAGUGAAGGGCAUGGGAUGAGCCCCUCGUAGACUCCAGCCUCUGGCUUGAGAGCUGAAGGUGCCAUCAUGGGGUCGGGCCUGACCUGUCCUGAUGUGACCUCCUGGAAGACAAGUGCCUUCUCCCCUCCGUGGACCUGUGAUCACCCCGACUCUGAGAUGACACAGCCGCCUAUGCGUCACACGCUGGGGGCCUGCGGCCUCCGCUCACAGUUCAUAAUCAAUAGGUUACAAAAUGAAAUCUCAAACAAUUAUUUUGGAGCUUAUUAAAGAUUUACACUUUCAGUAUAACUGUUAAGGACUAAUUACUGUGAUGGACACAAAAAUGUAGUUGGUUCUAGAGCUGAAUCCUGUAUAGGACACUUAAUGUUGUCAGGUAAUUUGUUGGUAUAUUUUCUGAUUGAUGGUUAAUGCUUCCUUUAAAAAUAAUCGAGUCAUCCAUUCACUGUUCUAUUUUGGUUUUGUUUUUAGUUUUAUCUUUGUCAAUCAUAGCUAAAUUUUAAAUGGGAACACGUUUCAUCCCAAAGUGCUUUACAAAUGAACGGGCUAAUGUACAUCACACCCAGGGAUCACUGUGCUGUCCUCCGCAGUCAGAUUUAGAAUGUGUCUAAGAGCUAAGUGAAAACACAAUGUUAGUUUAGGUCAGAAAUAGAGAUAAUGUGACCAAACAGCUAACAUCAGGAAAUAAAUUUGGCUGGCAAAAUUCAGGAUAAACUUGGCCAGAAAACUGACUUUGAAAACUUUUGCUUAUAUAAAAAAAAGUGCCAUUGAGUUUUAAAUGACCAACAAGUAUUUAGGAACAACUCCUGUUUAAUACCUGAACCCCUCCACCCCUCAGGUAGUGCCUGCCCCUCGCAGGUACAGCUGUUUCUUGGAGAUGGCAGGUGUCCUGCCUCGACUAGCUUGGUCUGAUAGACCACACUGGCACAAAGUGCUCUGGGCGCAGGCAGGCUGCCCCCCGGGCUCUCGUGCACCACGGGCGGGUUGUGCCCUGCACCUCUUCUGGGUGCCUGGUACCCGCUCAGGUUGGACGGUGUACAACCUGGGCAGGAUGUGUGGGGGCCCUACUGACUGGCAAAUCACUGAGGGGCCUGUAUAGAUUUUUAGCCUCAAGGAAAAACCAUGCUUCUUUAAAAAAUGUCUGUGGGCAACAUGCCGAAACCCCGAAGCCACAUAGUGGCAGGUAAUUGUGAAAGGUUGUCUGUUCAUAACAGGCAGGUGCCUUUUUGUGAGCAGGGAUCAUAAUUGUUAGCUAAUUGUGGUAAUUAUGGUGAUUUCUUAAAGAUCAUGUGAUAUUAAACAUUUGCUAACAGCUUAUUAUUCCUUCUCUUCUCUCCGUGGUGUUAGGGAAUUAGGAGUUUUUCCUGAUGAAUGUUGCGGAUAGUCUUUGAGUUUAAUAGAAGAGUACAGAGAAUGAAGUUUGUACUUUCAUCAGCUUGGAUUAUAAACGCUAGUAGUAGCUCGUGGAUAUCCUGUGUCUGUUGGGAGAGGGAAAGAUCCUGAUUGCGAUUCACGUUGUAGGAAGUUUUUGAAACCGGAGCAAUAAUGCCAUGCCGUUGUGAUUUUCUUCCACUCUUCUCAAAUUCUGCAUUUACAAUACACGUUUUCUUUAUAGGAACUCAUGUACCGUUAAACCAUUGUCGGUGUAGCAGCAGCCCCGGUGGGGAGCUGGAUCUUCACCGUGUAGCAUCAUUCCAUUUUCGUAAGCAGGAUGGAGCUCUGCAUUUGGGGGACACCCAGGCAGGCUUGUUUAGCUCCCUUUGUGUUCCGUAUCUAGGCAAGCAAACAUUUCACUAGUCUCUUUUAUUCGUCUUCUGAAUUAUAGAUCACUCGGACUCUUUAAGUCAAGGUUGGGGGAUUCUGCCUCCCCGCCUGUGACUUCUGCUAGGAGCUGCUGCUGCACCAGCCUGAGCAGGGAAUGAUGCUUUUCUGGCUUUGUUUCCCCUUUCAGUUGGUUUGUUUUCUAGAAAUCUAAUCAGAUGCUUUGGGGAAUGCAGUGUAUGAUUUGCUAGCUCUCUCACCACUUAACUCACUGUGAGAAUAAAUAUGCAUGCUGUCUGUAAUUAACUGGUGCUUUGAAAACCUUUUUUAAGGAAGAAAAAUCUCAACCAAAGUUCUGCUAAUCCAGACAAGUUCAUCCCUGAGUUAAUUUUAGCACAGCUCACUCUUGAGUGCCUCGUUACUGAACGAACAUCCAUCCUCACAGCAAUGCUUCCAGAUAGCACUGUUUUGCUAAAAAAUUUAUUUUCAUUGUUUUCCAAAAGUGAAUGGCUUUCAUGUAAGAUUAAACAAACUAGGUGCUUGUAAAUAAUUUAUUACAGUUUACUCUGCUGCAUUUCUAUAAAACUGAAAUGCAUGCCUUCCAGGGGAAGACUGUGAGUUAAGUUAAAAAGCAAACAAAAAGACCCGAUUAUUAGCAAUAUGAAACUGCACUCUUUCAAAAUGAGAUUGUCCCAAGUAAUUCAGAAGAGGGGAAGGGAUUUUUGCUGUCAAAAUUUUAUGAAAAACAAAAGGAAAGAACUAGUGUGUAGAACUAGGAACAGUCUCAUGAAGUCACGAGAGUGAGUGGAGAUAAUACAUCAGGGGUCGAUUGCAAUGAAUGUAAACUUAGACUGUGGAAUUUCCAGUCUCAAGGGGAAAAGCAUUUCCCAAAGUUCUCCAGGUAACAUGAGUGCUCUGUGAGACAUUCGUAGGUGUGCUGUAGAAAAAGUGUUGCUGGUAAAAAUAAAUUUGCACAGGGAUCCACUCCCCUAGAAACUCACAGUGCACUUCCGUGCAGUAAGGGCUCAGGGUCUGCCGGUACCGAGCCUGUUCAACCCAGCGUGUCCCAGUCUGUGUGACGCCAGGGCCUUGUGCCCUCUUGGGGCACCUACAACCUCUCAUUAGGCUCACAGAAAACGUUUUCGGAAAAACUAUGUUAGGUAGUUCUUUAAGGGGACAAAGCAAUAACUACCAGAUGGCACAGAGGCAGCAUUUGCAUGCAUUUUGUACAAUCAAAAAUUGCAUUUAAUGGAUGUGUAUUUCCUCUCCUGGAGACAAUAAGCACAGAAAACUAUAAAUAUAGGUGGUCAGAGCUCUUUCCUUUGGAAAGAUCAGCCUUCAGUGAUUCUGGGUUUUUCACUGAAAGUAGCAAAAUUAACACUAAGAUUAUUAACGGGGGUAGAUAACUAAGAUUUUAAUUCAGAUCUGGAAGAAAAUAUCACACAGUUGAAUGCAGAUUUUUAUCCACAAAGAUUUCUAGGGUUUAGAAAUGAUAGGACCUACCGCUGAGGUUUAUAAGACUUAAUUUUGAGGUAAAUCUGUUUUUUAAAACACUCUUUUUAGGAACUUGAGACUUGGCAUCUGGCAUUUGAGUUUAAUACAAACUAAUGAUUGCAUUUGAAAGAGAUUUUUGACUUUAUUUCUGAACAUCUGAAGCUCUGAAAUGCCUUGAUGGAAGAUGUUAAACUAUUUGCCUAUUGUACAAAGAAAUGUUUGAUUGUUGUAAAAGAUUUACUAUAAAGUCCCAGAAAAUAACACGGUGUAAUGUUGUGAAUGAAACUUAUUUGGAAACGUUGAUUGAUUUUUAUGCCUGUUAAUAUAUUGUAAGAAGCACCGAAGUGUAGUUUUGUUUUAAUAAACCAAAAAGUGAAUAUA